AAGCAACACAGAGAGAGAGGAGAGAGAGACGGGUGUAAAAUGAAUUUGAAGCGGAGUGAGCCUCGGCCGUCUGAACACCUCGCUGUCACCGUGAAGUAAAGGACGGCUUGUUCGAGCUCCGGUAAGAGCUCGAUCAUGACUCUUGGCGAUGACUUCCGCGCAACAGCAGAAGACGGAGCCGAGAGCGGCCAGAUGCAGCCUCUCAUACUGGAAAGAGUGGAGAAAGACACGGACAAAACCUGCAAAUCCAAAGUGUCGCGUCGGCUGAAGAAAUGCUGCUCUUGCACACCAAAGAAAGCUAAAUCCAAACUACUUGGCUUUGUGCCGAUUCUGAAGUGGCUGCCUCACUACCAGCUCAGGGAAUGGAUUUUGGGAGAUAUCAUGUCAGGUCUUAUUGUAGGCAUCCUAUUGGUCCCACAGUCCAUAGCGUACUCCCUGUUGGCCAGUCAGGACCCCGUAUACGGUCUCUACACGUCCUUUUUCGCCUCCAUCAUCUACACUCUCUUAGGCACUUCCAAACACAUCUCGGUGGGGAUCUUUGGGGUGCUCUGCCUGCUCGUAGGUCAGGUUGUUGAUAGGGAGUUAGCUCUGGCAGGAUACCUCACAGAAAAAACUCAUGAUGGUAACGUCAGCGGGAUCCUGCUGGGUGUUCAGGGGAACAGCAGCGUUGGGAUGGAGUGUGACAGCUGCUAUGCAAUCACAGUGGGCGCUACAGUCACCUUUACUGCUGGAGUUUACCAGGUGGUCAUGGGUAUUUUCCAGGUAGGCUUUGUCUCCGUCUAUCUCUCAGACUCCCUUCUGAGCGGCUUCGCUACAGGAGCCUCCCUGACCAUCCUCACUUCCCAGUUCAAGUACCUCCUGGGUCUAAAGAUCCCCAGACCCCAGGGCUGGUUUACUCUGUUUAAGACCUGGUACAACAUAAUCAUCAACCUGGGAAACACCAAUAUCUGUGAUUUGGUGACAAGUCUGGUGUGUUUGCUGAUGCUGAUACCUACCAAGGAGCUCAACGAUCGCUUCAAAUCCAAGCUAAAGGCUCCAAUUCCCUUUGAACUCUUUGUUGUGAUAAUUGCAACACUGGCUUCUCAUUUUGGUCACUUCAAUGCUGAUUACGGAUCCGGAGUUGCUGGUGAAAUCCCGACAGGCUUCCUCCCUCCCAAAAUGCCCAUGUGGUCUCUGAUCCCCAGUGUGGCUGUGGACGCCUUCUCCAUUGCCAUCGUAGGGUUCGCCAUCACCGUCUCACUGUCUGAGAUGUUUGCCAAGAAGCAUGGUUACACUGUUGAUGCCAACCAGGAGAUGUACGCCAUUGGCUUCUGCAACAUCCUGCCAUCGUUCUUCCGCUGCUUUACCACCAGCGCUGCUCUGACAAAGACCCUGGUGAAGGAGUCAACGGGGUGCCAGACUCAGGUGUCUGGGCUGGUCACCUCCCUCGUCCUGCUGCUGGUGCUGCUGGUUAUCGCACCGCUCUUCUAUUCCCUUCAAAAAUGUGUGUUAGCUGUCAUCAUCGUGGUUAACCUCCGCGGAGCUUUACGAAAGUUCACAGACGUUCCCCGCAUGUGGCGCAUCAACCGCGUCGAUACAGCGAUCUGGUUGACCACCAUGGCAACCUCUGCGCUGGUCAACACCGAGCUGGGUCUUCUCGUGGGGGUUUUGGUGUCAGCCUUCUGCGUCCUGGGCCGAACCCAGCAGGCCCAGGUCCUGGAACUCGGCUGUGCUUCAACCAGGGAGCAUUACGAGGACCUGUCAUCUUACCACGGCCUCCGAACACAUCCUGGAGUGGCCGUUUUUAGAUAUGACGCUCCAAUUUAUUAUGCAAACCAGACACUGUUCAAAAAGUCUCUGUACAGGUGUGUCGGGCUUGAUCCUGUGAAGGAGAAAAGCCGACGUAUUAAGUUCAACAAGAAAAACAAACAGCUGGAAGAGGGCAAAGGAGUCCCAAAGGUGAAGUCUGAGGAGAAGGAGGCGGCGGAUAAAGAGGAUAAGGCUGAAGAUGGUGCAACUGUAACGCUGAUGCUCAAUAAUAAGUCACACAGCUUACGCAGCUUGGUGAUUGACUGCAGCUCUGUCUUGUUUUUAGACACAGCUGGAGUAAACGCUCUCAAAGAAGUCCGUAAAGAUUACGGAGAACUUGGGAUCAAAGUUGUGCUGGCUCAGUGUAACGCUGCAGUACUGGACGAUCUGGAAAGAGGAGGAUACUAUGAUGAUAAAGGUCCUGAUGGAGGGGAGAACAAAAUCAUAUUCUUCACUAUCACAGAUGCCGUCCACCAUGUCAAAACCUUUUCGGCUCCUAAUGGAGAUUAUGACAGCCAGUGCUGAGAAGACAAUCUGUCAAAUACAAUAUGUUCACAUGUAUCUCAAACAAUGCAGAGGAUAAGAACAGGUUUGCCAUUGUGCCUUGUAAUGCUUCAGUGAUUGCUGGAGUCCUGCACCGUCAAUCAUAAUUGCAGGAGAAAACUAUUUGCUUAAUGUUACAGCAUCGCAAAUGCUAACUGUAAGUCUUCUAUAUAGAAAUGUAACCAGACUACACGAUGUAGUGCCUAUGCUAAAAGUGAAACCUCAAAAAAGGAUAAUUUUGUACUUCCUUUACAAAACGAUACACCAUAUUAUCCCCUUGGGGAAAUUUUAAGCAACAUCUCCAUUUUUGCACAUAAAUACCAAAACUAGAUCAUUAACAAUCCCCAGUCACAUUGAGUAAGGAUAUGAAAUAUUGAUAGUCAUGACUGAUAUGAUAUGAAAUUUUGGCACCAAGAUGUCAGAUGUUUCAAUGGCAGUACAGCUGUCUAAAUCCCAAACUACUGUAAGACACAAUGAUGUGUUACAAUUAUAGAGCUCUUGUAUUCCACAAAAAAGUAUCGUAUUUCUCUCGUGCAGCCUUUGCCUGUAAAUCAUAACGUGCAUGAGCUAACUGUCAUUACUUGGGUCAGAAAACAGCAUGUCUGUUGUGUGUCAGUCAGGAUAUCUGCACAAAAAACUAAGAAAAAAGGUUUUUCAAGGGAACUUUUGAACGACUGGAGAAUUCACUGAAGUUUAAGAUGAGGUCGUGGAUUCAACUGAAAGAAGGUUAUUCUUGAACAAAAGUCAUGGAUCUUAAUCCACAUGCUGUUAUUAAGUGUUUACUUUGUAACAAACAGCCACAUUGUGCCUGCACAGAAACUUAUUCUUACAGUACCUCAUAACGCUGUUAUCCUUCAUACCAAUGAUAAUCCAGGCCGUGAGAUUAUUUUUCCCUGUGGGAAAGACCCGGUCAUGUUUACAAAGCCAUAAAACUGUUGAAUGUUUAAAAUAUAGAAUAUAGACUUUAAAGAGAGGUGAAAAUACAAUCUGAGAAACAAAGGUCGGAGUGCUGGAGAUUAUUCUAGAGAGCUCCACCAGCUCAUGGUGGACCUUCCUCUUUUUACAAUCAUUUCAUAGUUUUUGUUUUGUGUGUAUCUUUAGUCAUUUACUAAAGAACAAGUGUCAUGUUCUUCAUGUGGGAGAUUACUAUUUGGAACAAAUGUCCAUAGCUGUUAUUUUAUAUCUGUGGUGUUUUUUAUAAACUGGUAUGAACCUUGUUUUUCACUUUGAUGAAGUACUUUUAUGAACUUUGUCCUCGAUCCCCGUUUACUGAGGGAGGCAACUCGCAUAGCUUUAACCUAUGUCAUUUAGAUUAGUAUAUAUACAAUUAACAACAUUUUUUUUACUAUUGUGCAGUGAGUGCCAUGUGAGUUAAUCUGCAAAAAACGUGCUUGAUUAGGUUUCAUCUGUUUUAAUGUUGAAUUAUUUCUGUCCCUAUCCUUUGUUGUUACGGCCUUAAUGAACACAGGUCCUUUAAAGGUUCCUACAGAUAACAGAUGCCUAAUGUGCCUUAAGGUGUAUCAAUACAGCAAACAGGAGGGAACAAGAAUGUUAGUUGAGUAAACAUGUAAAAAUAUGAAAACAGUGGAGUUUUCAAAUGAAUAAGAACGGCCUUGCCCUUUUUAAGAAGAAGACAAUUAAAUUAUUGGCUGGACCUAAAAAAGCACAAAAUGUAAAAAAAAAAGUUUUGUUGGUUUAAAAAAAAAAAAAAAAACUCCUUCUGACGAGCACCCUCAGCAUGAAUGCAAAAAGGGGAAGGAUUCUCUUUCCUCAUAUUUGGAACUGUCUUUGCUGAAGGGGGUUUGAGGUUUUAGGAGGAGCAACUUCUUAACACCAGAAAAAAAAAAAAACUGACGGUGUUCAGGAGCUUGAUAAAAUUGUUUUGCCCAAGACAUGUGCAAGUCAAACACAGUCACAGGGGAUUUCAGUAUGGCCCUUUGACUUGACUUUAAUUCUGAAAACGAAGACUGUGAACCAAAGAGGAGAAAACAUUCUGACAUGGAGGUUGAACAUUUUUCUCUCUCUUUCAAACAUAAGGGAGAGUGAAAUCGUGUUGGAAAUUAAAUGAGCAGAGACUCAAAUUGUGUCAUUAUUAGCUAUGUAGUUAUGUUUAUGUAAAGCACAAAGCAGUUACAAAGUAUGCCUUUAUUUUAAAUAGCAGUGACAUAUUACACUACCUAAUUGAAUCAAAAGCUUUCAACUGUGAUCGAUUGUUUUAGUGUAUUGUAGUUUGCUUUUUGUUCUAUUAAACCAAAAUGUAACUCAGCAAAGCCAUACCCCCAAAAACGAGAAGUUUUCCAAUGUGUUCCAAUAUUUAAUUAUCAAGUUAUUAAAACAAAGGACAUUGUAAUAUAUACACAUAUCUUUCCUGUAAAACACAACUUCAGCAUUUUUUAAAAUCAUCAGUAUAUGCCAAUUUUAAAUAUAUAUAUAUAUAUAUAUAUAUAUAUGUCUUGUACUUAGAGGAUGCUUUACUUAGGUUUCAUCAGCGCUUCGAUAAAAUUAGAAAAAUUAUCAUUUGCCUUAAUAAUCAGUUUGUUCCUUUUUGUAUGGUGUGUCCAGUCAUGUUGGACUGGAUGGCUUUUGUCUAUGUUGUGAUUCUAUGGGUCAAAGAUAAUCAGAACCUGUUUUACUGAAUGUAUUUCUAUAAUUUAUAUUUGUUAUUUAAGUUAAUUCAGAUCUCCAUUGUCAAGCCAAAAAGCACCAGGUCUACUGAAGCAUUUCCCACGUGCUACUGUACACACAGUGAAUAUGUUUGUUUGUCAAUGACUGAAUGCAGCUCUGUGUAUAAGAACCAGGCAGACAAUCAGAUACGCUGCUGCAGGAAUGUUGUUGUGCGUAACCGAGAUGUACGGACUUGCAAUCUGAUCUUUAGUUUCGACAGCAAUUAAACCCCACCCUUUAAAUAACCACCUCUACAAUGAAAGUGAAAAGACUAUUUGUACUGGAGCUCAGGGAAACAAACACAUCCCAUCCCACUUUGUAAAGUCAAAGUUCAUGUCUUUUUUUAAUUUUUUUUAAAUACGAUCAUCUCAGAUUGUCAUGUCUGGAGGCCAUCAGAAAUCGCCAUAUUGCUUUUAGAUCAUGUUAUCACCAGCACUUGUAACAAUAGAUAAAGUUUAGUUUAUAUGAACUUAGCCAUGUUUCAAACACUAAUAUGUGUCCCUAACCUGUCUUCAGACCCCCUUAUUAUAAGAAAAGUCCAUCCACUUUGUCUUUUGCCUGCUCCACUUUUCAGAAUUGUUCCCUUUGUGACAUCACAAAGGGCAGUAACACCUCCCCCAGGUGGGUGACACUCCCACAGCUAGGUGUUUGUUCAGCCUUCUCACUGUAUACAAUAGGCCAUGAUGCAAGAGAGCCCAAGCCCUUCCAGAGAGGGGGCGUGGUCAGACACAGCUCAUUUACAUUUAAAGCUACAGAUACAGAAACAGCCUGUUCUGAGCAGGGCUGAAAUAGAGGGGUUUAUAGACAUAUUCAAAUACAGGAUCAGAGUGGAUUUAGAACAAGAAACAUCACAGACAUGUUUUGGGGAGCUCUGAGAGUAAGUUGCACUGGUUGAGAAGGUUUUAUUCGAUCAUAACCUCAAAUUUUGAGGUUUCAUUUGGUGUGACUUGUCUGUAAAACUUGACCAUGCGACACAGAAUAACUUAUUUUGGGUUUGGGAUUUAUACGGUAUGAUGUGUUUCAUUGCUUGUGCUACAAAAUGAUUUUAUGUAGCUCCAUAAUACGAGGAGCACAUGAAAGGGAGUGAUGGCUUGAUGUUGCUGCAGGAGAAACUGUAAAAGUGCAUUUUAUUACACUGAACACAGCCUGUAGUUCAACAUGCACUGCCAUUAACAUUCAGAAGAUGUUUGUUUACAUUUUCAUUUCAGGAUUUCAGUCGCUUUUCUUAAGACAUUUUUUGUACUUAAUGCUAAUGUACAAUGUCGGUUUUAACAUUUAUAUUCUGAGCUGUCUGCAGAACACUGAUGCAAGGUUACAUGAAUGAUUAAUUUUCUCACAAACAGCCUUUGUCCAAUUUCCUUAUGUGAAAUAAAGUCAUUUUCCCAUGA